CCGCCCAUCCCUUUCUGCCUUGUCAUCUACCCCGCCAAGGCUCCACCCGUGAGUGGGGCCGCACGGAGCCCCUGGGGGAGGGAGAAAAACUGAGAUCGCGUAGAAUCCGAGCCCCCGCGGGCAGUGCUCCCAGGUCUGAGCCCCGCCCCUCGGCGAGACCCUAACCCUGGGACCCGGUGGAGGGGAGAUCAGGGGAGUCUGUGGUCGCACCUGCCAAAGGCUCCCGCAGUUUUCCACAACUCCCGCUCCCGAGCAAAAGAGCCCGCGGAGCCAGUGGGGAGGGGGGCCGAGACCCCGCCCCCCCCUCCAGGCCUGGAACUUGGAGCCGCCUGGUGCCCGGGAAGGACCGGGCCGUGACCCUUGAAGGACUGGCCGCAGCAUAACUUAGGGGCCCCCCAGAAUGGGCAACUCGCAGGAGAGACCGUCAGAGACGAUCGACCGCGAACGGAAACGCCUGGUAGAGACGCUGCAGGCGGACUCCGGGCUGCUGCUGGAUGCGCUGCUGGCGCGGGGCGUGCUCACCGGGCCGGAGUACGAGGCGUUGGACGCGCUGCCUGAUGCCGGACUCCGGGCUGCUGCUGGAUGCGCUGCUGGCGCGGGGCGUGCUCACCGGGCCGGAGUACGAGGCGUUGGACGCGCUGCCUACUCUCCCACCUCCACCCCAGGCUACCGGGAUCGCAGCUACGACCCUCCUUGCCCAGGCCACUGGACACCGGAGGCAGCCGGCUCAGGGACCCCAUGCCCUGGUCUGCCCAGACCUUCACACAGUGAGGAGGCCGGGGCUUCUGAGAGCUCCGAGGCAGUGCAAUCCGGAACCAUCGAGGGGCCCCAGACAGAGUUAGAAGCUGAGGCCUCUGAAGGGCCUGAACCCGAGUUGGAGGCAGAACCAGAAUCUGAACUGGAACCAGAACUGGAACCAGAACCCGAGCCGGAGCCGGACCAGGAGCCAGAGCCAGAACCGGUCCAGGAGCCAGAGCCCGACCCAGAGCCUGAGCCUGAGCCGGAGCCAGACUACGAGGCAGAGGAUGCGUCUGAAGAUUCCUGAGGGCCGGCGCCCUGACUGGCCACUCCCCAUCCAAGCCCAAUGGAACCUGGGAUCCCGGCCUGGCUGGGUUGGAUUACCACCCAGGCUCCACCUGGCCCAGGAUUCGCUGGAGUGAAUAAACUGUGGAGGGUGGGUCUGGGCUCUCGGUGAUUCCGGCCCUUUGCCCAGGAAUAAAGGCAUGGACCUGU